GAGCAACUUAAAUCCGAUUACACCCAGUCGAGGCCGUAUCCACACGGCAUAUUCAAGAAUAUCUUCGAACCCGAGUUUCUGAAAUCUGUAUUGACCGAAGUAAAGUGUAAUUCGCAAGUAAAUUUCAAAGAGUCUGAUCUGUUCCGUGUCUAUCAAUCAAUCGAUCUGGCAAACGUGGCCAUCGACGAUCAUUCAAAUCAGGAAAAACUCCCAAAUACCAUUCAGCUGCGCCAAUUCUUGUACAGCGAUGGAUGGCGUCAUUUGAUUGAAGACGUUAGCGGCCUAGAACGCGGGACUCUCAAUGAGAAGGUGGAUUGUGCCUUUAAUUGCCAUACGACAGGGUGUCAUUUGCUCUGUCACGAUGAUGUGAUUGGCACCCGUAAGAUAUCUUACAUUCUGUAUUUGACUGAUGAAGGCUGGAAAGAGGAAGAGGGUGGUGCAUUAGAGCUAUAUGAUAGUGUCGAAUAUGGAAAAGGAGAGGCCAAGCAGCGACUGCCCAAUUGUGUACCGUCCAAGACCAUUCUCCCACUGUUCAACCACAUGGGCUUUUUCGAGGUUCGACCAGGAUUUUCUUUCCAUGCGGUACAGGAAGUUUUUGGAGAUCGCCCAAGGCUAUCACUUCAGGGCUGGUAUCACACCGACAAACCACCGAAAGGUAUUGGAAAAGCGACCUUAGAGCGUCUCAAGGCGACAUCAGAUCAUUUCGAAUCGCCAUUCACCCCAGUUGAGAUACCGCCGCACUCAUUAAUGAGUGCCACAACCGAUGUUUGUAUCUUGUUCAACGAAGAUCUGAAUUUCCUGAGAAAAUACGUUCAUCCUGUUUACCUAAAUCCGGACGCAAUCCGUGAGAUUAAUCAAAGAUUUGAGGAAGACUCGAGUGUCCAGUUGCGCAACUUUUUGCUACCGCACUGGGUCGACAAGCUUAGGAAAGCUACCGAGGAAGAGAAACAGGAAAGUUCCGACGGGUACACCGCGGGGGUAACGAAAGAUUGGAAAUUGGUGGGACCCUCACACAAACAGCGCUACCUCCAAUACACAAAUCGGAUUUCUGACGAUUCCGCCGAUCUUGUAGAAACGGGAGAAAUUCUCGCACAUUUGCAGCAUGUGUUGCAGUCCUCCGUCUUUUUGCGUUUUUUGCUGUCAAUUACGUCCUUGUCUCCGACUUCCUACCGUGGACACGUUCGUCGGUUUCGUCCCGGUCUGGAUUAUACAGUCGCCCAUUACGGACUAUUACAGCUCACGUCGGUUUUGGACGCGACUUUGUGUUUCGUGGCCGGGCAAGGUGAGGAUGUUGCCGAAACGGAUGAUCCUUUGGAAGCGGAUGUAGCUUGGCAGUCUGGCGAUGUAGGUGCAUUUGAGUGUUACAUUGCAGCAGAUGAUGAAGAGGGUAGCGAAGCAGCUGCGGAUGAGUACCACGAGGAUGACGACACCGGAUUGUUAAGUGUGUCCGCAAGCAAUAAUACCCUAUCGUUGGUUUACCGUGACCCUGGUACAUUACGAUUCAUCAAAUACGUGGGAUCACAAGCGCCGAGUUCGCGUUGGGACAUCUCAAUGGAGUAUCAAGUAACAGAAGAG